UCCCCCACGCUUUACUCUUUUCUCCCUGCCCAACCCCCCAAAUCGAAUCCCCUUCCUCCGCCCCCUCCGCGGCCGGAUCCAAGACCCUCGAUUUCGCCCGCGCCGCCCUCGAUUUGGCCCCGAAAUCCGCCUCCUGGGUUCCAUGAAGGCCUGAGGUGAAUUCCUGUGACCUGUUUCGCUGCGGCCAUGUCGCAAAUCCAGAGCUUGUCGCGCCAGAGCUGCGUGCUGCUCGCCGUGCUCUGUGGUAAGCACGCAGACAAACGGACGCCGCCGGGGAGGUCGGGGCCGGAGGCCAAACGGCUACGGCCGUCCUAUCCGUUUCCCGAGCUCAGCUCAGCGGGGAGAUUGGAGGUGCACACGCUGUACAAUCCAACACCUGAGCAGUUCCUUGAGGCGCAGCGGGUGGUGCAGCCCAACUUCUUCUACAUCCAAGGGCAGCGGCUGGAAGAUGAGAAGGAGAUUGGUUCGCUCGUCUGGGGAGAUGUCGACAUGUCUGACCCGCAGUCGUUUAUCUGUCUCAUCAGCCCACCGUUCCCGACGAUUGUUUAUCUGGAGGUUCCCAUUGGCGAAAAACUUGCCCAAGCAGUUCAUUCAAAGGGUAUUCCAUAUGUAAUAUACUGGAGAAAUUCAUUUUCAUCUUAUGCAGCAUCCCAUUUUCGCAAUGCAUUGUUGUCAGUAGUUCAAAGCUCCGUGAGCCAUACAUGGGAUUCCUUUCAGCUUGCUCAUGCAUCCUUUCGACUAUACUGUGUAAGAAACAAUCAUGUACAAAGUGUUAAGCUUGGGCCUCGUCUACUUGGGGAUUCUCCAAAGAUAAAUGUAGUCCCUCCUGAGAAUGAAAUGGUCGAGGAAGAAGGUUCUUCUGAAGUCUCACCAGCUAUAAAAAUAUAUGAUGAUGACAUCAACAUGAAAUUUCUACUCUGUGGAGUACCAAGCAGCCUGGAUCCUUGUUUGCUGGGCUCAUUAGAAGAUGGUCUGAAUGCGCUUCUGAAUAUUGAAAUACGUGGGAGUAAACUUCAGAAUCGAAUCAGUGCUUCUCCACCACCUCUUGAAGCAGCGUCUUUACCACGUGGAAUGGUAACCAUGCGUUGCGAUAUAACUACUUGCAGUUCUUCUCAUGUGUCACUUCUUGUUUCUGGCAGUGCACAAACAUGUUUUGAUGACCAGCUUCUAGAAAGCCACAUCAAAAAUGAACUCAUCGAGAAGAGCCAGCUAGUCCGUGCUCUCGCAAAUAGUGAGGAUAAGUUAUCAUCAGCUGAGCCUUUCACUUCAAUGUCCACAGCUUGUGGGGCUUCUACCUUUGAAGUCUGGAUGACCCUUCCUAAGUGGGCAGGACAGGUUUUGAAGCAUCUAGCACCAGAAAUUUCAUACAGGAGCCUAGUUGCACUUGGAGUCGGUUGCAUAAAUGCUACUCCUGUUGCUUCAUUCGACAGACAAGAUGCAGACCGUCUUCUUUUCUUUUGCACCAGUCAAAGGAAAGAUUUAGCCAGUGAAAACGGCUCAUAUUUUCAUCUGCCAAGAUGGUCAGCCUCGCUUAUCAAGGACAGAUCAAAGACGGGUUCAGAAUCAAAACCAAAUUUGUUAGGUGUGAACGGAACUAUAGAGGACAAGAAACCCCCUGUUAUAGGGCCUUCCUCACUGACAUCCUUCAAGGGAAAAUUGAAGCCUGCAACUAUGAGGCCUAUGCCUCACUCUCGACAGCAGCAAAUGCAUCCUUUUAUGGGUCUCCCUGAAGCUAACGCUCAUGAAACUAGUCAGUCCAAGCCAAACUUGCCAGUUGCUCUACCUGUUAAGCAUAAUUCAGCACCUGCUGCUACAGCAGCACAUAGAAAAUCAACAGGGCCAUCUCAUGCUCAAUCAAUCAUUCAGUUGAAUCCUCUUCCAAUGAAGAAACAUGGAUGUGAUCGGUUGCCCAUCCAAGUGUGUUCCGAGGGGGACUUUUUGAAGGAUGUCAUGCAGUUUUUAAUUCAAAGGGGCCACAAUCGACUUGUUCCUCAUGGAGGUUUAGCUGAAUUUCCUGAUGCAGUCCUUAAUGCAAAACGCCUUGAUCUCUAUAACUUGUACAAAGAGGUUGUGUCCAGGGGUGGCUUUUAUGUGGGCAACGGUAUAAACUGGAAGGGUCAAGUAUUUUCGAAGAUGCGAAACCAUACUGUUACAAAUAGAAUGACUGGUGUCGGGAACACACUGAAAAGGCACUACGAGACUUACUUGCUGGAAUAUGAGCUAUCACACGAUGACGUGGAUGGGGAAUGUUGUUUGCUUUGUCACAGUAGCGCUCCUGGAGACUGGGUGAACUGUGGUUUAUGCGGCGAAUGGGCUCAUUUCGGUUGUGAUAGACGACAAGGGUUGGGCACUUUCAAGGAUUACGCGAAGACGGAUGGGUUGGAAUACAUUUGCCCCCAUUGUAGUCUAGCAAAUUAUAAGAAGAAGCCACAGCCACCCCAGAAAGUAGCUAACGGCUUUGCGAACACAGUCCCCUUAUCACGAAAUGUUUAGUCCUCUUCUCUCUUUGUUUUUUUGUUUUUGCCGUUAUUGCCCCAAGUUUUGGGGCGAUGAGUCAGUAGAAUAUAGGGCCUGAUAGAGAGGGGGGAGGCUUUGUAGUGUUGAUCUGUAUUAUCCAUUAAUUUGGUUCAGUGUAGGAGCUUAAGUUUUUCUAUAGCAUGUAACAACUGACAACACAGAGAGGCUACUACAGUAGUUGGCCAGAUCAAGUGUAAGCGCGCCUGUUGAUAUAAAUCAAUCUGUAUCUCCAGUUUCCCUUGCCA